GUAUUCGGCCAGUGUUCAUUGAUCGAAUGGAGUCAUGGACAGCUUUCGCUCAAGCCAAAGAGCUCAUGUCUAGCAAUUUGCAAGCUCACGAUCUCGCAUACAUCUGUAGAAAAGAAGCUGAACAACACUACGAUGUCGAUCCCGUUGGAUCUGAUGAACUAUUUCCCAUUUUGGCCAACAUUCAUCAAUUUAACGAAGGUCCUAGGACAAAUAUUUGGAUUAGAAUUUCACGACGUAACGGAUGGUGGUCUCGAACGUGCUCAUCCAGAUGCGCGAAUUUUCUCUGUGGACGAUGUUACAACAGGGCAGCAUCUAGGAAGACUUUAUAUCGAUCCAUUUGAUAGAGAAGCUAAACGUGGAGGAUGGAAUACGCUGCUCGGUCGAAUGAAUCAAGAUGUUCGUGGUCUUGAUAAGAUAGUUUAUCUGGUUGGAUCUGCCAUUGCAUCGCACCUACGGAUAGCUCGCCAUCACUCCUCCAUCAUCAGCAACUCCAGCAAUUGCUGUUCCAUGUUGGCCGUUCCGUUCAAAUGUUACUCUCGCGAGCUCCCUAUCGGGAUAUAG